UUUUCUUAGGGCAGGUGGGUACCUAUCUUCGCGCGCAAUCAGCUGCCCAGAACAGAAUAGUCGUAGUAAAUUGCAAGCUGUCGAUUCUUAAUUCUAACUCUUCAAAUCCAUCAAGCGCAACAAGUCAAAACCUCUAGUUCGAGUUUCCUAUCAAACACCUCCAUCUCUCCGGUUCCUCCAAAUCGAUGCGUCCAAUGCCGUAUUCCCAGUGCUCGGUUUAGAGCUACACGCCCGCAUCCCGCCGAAUCGUCAAUCCACGACUUGAAGCCAUUAAUUAUCCACUGUCGCGGCCAUGUUGACAGAAAUUGCCAGCUCCGCCAUGGAGCUCGCUCGGCGAGCGGAUGAAGAGACGGAUCCCGAUGGGGCCGACUCGGGGGAAAAGGAGAUCUUCGCAUCACGAGCGCUCUUUAUAUCAAUCAUGCUACUCGUGAUUGCCUUCUUCACAAGUUAUAUGUUACAACAGAAGAAAGUUCAAGCUGUUCACGAAACAGUAAUUUCCAUCUUUGCGGGCAUGACCGUGGGAUUGAUUCUUAGAGUGACAACCGGCCACUCCAUCCGACAGCUUAUCAGCUUCGACUACCAGAUCUUCUUCAACCUCCUACUACCGCCGAUCAUUCUGAACUCCGGAUACGAACUUCAUCAAGCGAAUUUCUUUAGAAAUAUCGGUACCAUCCUAACCUUCGCAUUCGCCGGAACCUUCCUGUCUGCCGUGGUCAUAGGUCUACUAUUAUGGUUAUACACCCGAAUACCUCUCGAAGGCCUAGAAAUGACAUUUGUUGAUGCUAUCUCCGUUGGCGCAACAUUGUCUGCUACAGAUCCAGUCACGAUCUUGGCCAUCUUUAAUACCUACAAAGUUGAUCCAAAACUAUACACUGUUAUCUUCGGUGAAUCUAUCCUAAAUGAUGCUAUUGCCAUUGUCAUUUUUGAGACUGCCCGAAAGUACAAAGACAACACUGCCGAAGCAUAUGGGGUCUUUAGUUUUUUUCAGGGUGUGGGCAUUUUCUUGGCUGUCUUCUUUGGCAGUUUACUUAUUGGUGUUUUGGUUGGUGUCGGUACUGCGCUUGCCUUGAAAUUCACAUACAUCAGAAGAUAUCCCCAGAUCGAGACGUGCUUGAUUGUGUUGAUCGCUUAUUCAAGCUACUUCUUUUCACAAGGACUGGACAUGUCAGGUAUCGUGUCUUUGCUAUUCUGUGGUAUUACUCUAAAACACUAUGCUUACUUCAAUAUGUCACGACGAACACAACUCAGUACCAAAUACUUUUUCCAGAUCUUGGCACAGCUAUCGGAAAAUUUCAUCUUUAUCUAUUUGGGCUUAUCCCUGUUCACUGAUAACGAUCUCCAAUUUCAACCCCCUCUAAUCAUCGUCACCAUCAUCGCCGUCUGUGCGGCACGAUGGGUAGCCGUCUUCCCUCUAUCCAAGGCCAUCAACUGGUUCCACCACUAUCGGGCGCGGCGUCGCGGUAUAGAAGUUGCUGACGAACUACCUUACAACUACCAAGCUAUGCUGUUCUGGGCCGGUCUACGUGGAGCUGUCGGUGUAGCACUUGCUGCUCUACUAAACGGCAAAAACUCAUAUGCCUUAAAAGCUACUGUGCUUGUAGUGGUGGUGCUUACUGUGAUCAUCUUUGGCGGCACCACAGCACGAAUGCUGGAGAUCUUGGGUAUCCGAACAGGAGUUGUUGAAGAGGUUGACAGUGACGAUGAGUUUGACAUUGAAGCCGCACCAGGGGGUUCCUAUUACAAGAGGUCCGGAACCGGAAUUGGAUACACUCCUAGACGAAGAAAUGGGUCGGUACGUCUCGACAAUAUGGAUUCUUCAAGACUCCGGCAACCUGCGGAGCCAGAACGAGGAAGUUAUGUAUCCGGACAUCGUUCACCAUCCUUCCCGACGUCACGUGCUACUAGCUCGAGUCGUAAGGGUUCUCGGGCGGCUACCAGUGAAGAUGUCGAAAGGACGGAUCUCCUUGGACGUAACGGCAGCGUAACAGACUCAGAUAUAGGAAGUGACAUCGAUACAUCGGACCUUCCACCUCCGGCCCGCAAAUCGCCGCGAAACAGGGCGAGUCCUAUUCUCACGCCUAGUGGGGCAUCGGAAGAAGAGGGUGUAUUUUCAUACCCAACAUCGGGUCACAGAGACGCGACACCCAUUUCUACCCGUGCAGCAAUUAGGCAAUUGCUUACCUCACAAGACCCUCAAGCUUUAUUUAGACAACUUGAUGAGGAUUACAUCAAGCCGAAAUUACUUUUGGAUGGGGGACAUCCUGGCCCAAGUGGAGGAAAAGGGGAUGGAGAAGGCGGCUCCGGGUCGAGCUAGAAAUGUAUAAUACCAUCCUAGAAGGGGGGCAUAUUGAUAUAAUUUAUGAAUGAGCACUGUAAUAAGGUGUAUUAGACGAUAUUCUCGUUGGCAUUACGCGGAGUUCUUGGGUAUUUUGUUUUAAAUGUACGUGUAUGAUGAACAUAGGGAACUGAGAAUUGUACCUAUAAGAUCAUAUGUCAAUGUCGGGAUUUGAUUUAGGAACGAUAGUUCAUUAUUCGGUAAUAUGUGUUUAAUGUAUGAGUUGGAAUUUAUUUUAGGUAGGUGCGUAAUAGGGGAUCUGGUGGGGAUGCUUACAGGUGGCACGGGCUGUUACGAAACAGCUGGACGAAUAGGGAUCCACUAUAGACUACCCCUACCAAGUUCUUUAGUGUCCA